CAAGAGAACCGAGCUGAGCUUAAUCCGCGUUCCGUCUGUCCGUGGUCGCGAAAACGUCUGUUCGUCCGUGUGGGCGCAAGGUGAAGUCUUGCACACACAAACGUUGUUCAUUUCAACAAUGUCCACAAAACGAAAAAUUGUGUAGUACUGUUUUGUAUGAGUUGCAAAAUUCUUCAGAAAGUUGAAAAUCUGCUUUUGUGUGUUCCAUCGCUUUCGCGCAUUGAAAAUACCUAUGGAUUCGUGAUUCAAUUAAUACCCAACUCAGCUCUAUCGUCAUUGGGUUGUUCCGAAGAUUGCGAAAGAUGAUAGUUUGAGGUAGUUUGCUCUGCGUGGCGACAACGACGAUGCAAAUGGGUGGCGAAUGUGAGCAGCAAAUUGAAACAGAUGAAAAUGAAUGAAACAUCGAAUUUCAAGCUACAGCUUGAAUAUUUAGCUAGUGUUUUUAGUGAGUGAUGGCAGAGGCAUUGCACUGUGCAAAAAAGUAGUGAGCAAGAAAAGAGAAUUAAGUGAAACAAUGAGAACCACAAUCACUAGCAAAAUGAAAAAAAGUGAAAAUUUUUCGAAUGCAAUUUUAAAACUUGAUCAAUUUUUCGAGCAAAUUUUGUGCAGUUAGCUAAAAGUCUUCGACGUAAAUAGUGAAUCCCUUUUUGUGUGUUAUUUGCGAAGCACAAUUUUCCCCCUACUUGCCAUCGGCGUAUCACUAUGCAAGUGCUACAAGGUGUAUAGCACUGUAUUCUUUACAACCAUUCUCCGAAAUCUGUUUUUUAUGAUCACAAAAGUCAUCGAUGGGAAGGAAAGUGGAAGUAUAGAAAACAAAACGGAGAAAAAUCAUUCCACCGCUUAUACACACAUCUAUACAGUCAUCUAUAUAUAGAAACUUAUAAACAUGUAUUCUGCUGCUGCCAUAUUUGGAUAUAAAAUAUCAUGCAUCUCGCUCACGCUAGCAUUGAUUUCAACUUUGAUACAGAUCUGUAGCGGUGCCGACCUUGUGAUAGAGAUUCCCGGAAAUCUCGGCUUAGAUGAUUCUUACUACCGCCUCGAUUACUACCCACCGGUGGGUAAUCCAGCACCAAAUGCAACAAUUGCAUCGCGGGACGUGGGCGACGAGAUCCAGUUCUCUAACGGACAGCCGGGUACGCGAUACAACUUUUGGUUGUACUACACCAACUCGACACACCACGACUGGCUCACGUGGACGGUGUCAAUAACGACCGCCCCGGAUCCACCGUCGAAUUUGUCUGUGGCGGUUCGCUCAGGCAAAAUUGCCACCAUAAGUUGGAGCCCCCCUUCGCAGGGCAACUACUCGACAUUCAAGCUGAAAAUCCUUGGGCUGUCGGAUAGUUUUGCCACCAAUCAAACGGUUGUCGUCGAGGACAAUCAAUUUCAGCAUGCGCUACGAGAUCUUACGCCAGGCGCAACCUAUCAGGUGCAAGCGUACACCGUUUUCGAUGGAAAAGAAUCGGUUGCGUACACCAGCCGCAACUUUACCACAAAACGCUACCGGCAUAAGGAUCUGUUGGAAAUAAAGAUCCUACGAGAACCCAACACACCGGGAAAGUUCAUCGUGUGGUUCCGAAACGAAACCACGCUGCUUGUGUUAUGGCAACCGCCGUAUCCUGCCGGGAUUUACACUCAUUACAAGGUUUCUAUCGAACCUCCAGAUGCACUCGGUAGCGUGUUGUACGUUCAGAAGGAAGGCGAGCCACCAGGACCGGCACAGGCAGCCUUCAAAGGACUCGUACCAGGCCGAGCAUACAAUAUAUCCGUACAAACAAUGUCUGAAGAUGAAAUUUCACUGCCCACAACUGCACAAUAUCGGACAGUUCCUCUUCGACCUAUGAACGUAACGUUUGACAAAAAGGCAAUAACGGAAAAUUCCUUCAAAGUAAUGUGGGAAGCCCCCAAGGGUAUCAGUGAAUUUGACAAAUAUCAAGUAUCGAUCGCCACAACCCGACGCCAGCAGGCAGUGAUUCGUAAUGAUAAUGAGAAUAUGGCAUGGCUUGAGUUCAAAGAUAAUCUGGACCCUGGUAAAACUUAUCAAGUAGUUGUAAAAACCGUGUCAGGAAAAGUCACCUCCUGGCCGGCUUCAGGAGAGGUCACACUCAAGCCGCUACCGGUGAAGAAUCUAUACUCCUUCACCGACAGCAAAACCGGAAUCAUCACUAUAUCCUGGGCUCCAGAUGAUGCCAGCACACAAGAUGAAUACAGAGUCAGCUAUCAUGAACUUGAAACAAACAAUGGUGAUGCGAGCACGAUGAAUACAGACAAAACGAACUUUGCGCUGGAAUCAUUAUUACCAGGCCGUAAUUAUUCCGUUACUGUGCAAGCCAUCUCUAAAAAGAUGGAGUCUAACGAAACGGUGAUAUUUGUCGUCACGAGGCCAUCGUCGCCUAUAAUAGAAGAUCUGAAAUCGAUACGCGAAGGACUGAACAUCAGUUGGAAGAGCGAUGUUAACUCACGUCAGGAGAAAUACGAAGUUACGUACACCCGCAACGAUACCAACGAUGGAAAAAUAGUACUUACCACCGAAUCUAGACUAGUGUUUACAAACCUAUACCCCGGAGCUGGGUAUGAGGUAAAAGUUUUUGCUGUUAGCCACGGACUAAGGAGCGAGCCGCAUUCCUAUUUUCAAGCAGUUUAUCCUAACCCACCGCGCGAUAUGACAAUAGAAAAAGUAACCAGCAACUCGGUUCUGGUACGCUGGAAAGCGCCAGAACGGUCCGAAUUCACCGAGUACUCGAUUCGGUAUCGCACAGAAAGUGAAAAACAAUGGAUAAGGUUGCCUUCGGUAAAAACAACGGAUGCAGACGUGACUGAUAUGACACCGGGUGAAAAAUAUACCAUUCAGGUAAACACCGUCAGUUAUGGUGUGGAGUCGCCAAACCCCCAGCAGGUCAAUCAAACUGUACGGCCAAAUCCCGUGUCUAACAUUGCUCCACUCGUUGAUUCUAACAACAUAACCCUCGAAUGGCCACGACCUGAAGGACGCGUGGAAACAUACAUUAUUCAUUGGUGGCCUACAGAAUUCCCGGAUCAGGUUUUUAGCAACAAUGUGUCAGAACUCAAUACAAUCUUUCCUUAUCCAGGAAGCGGGCUAAAUGAAGACGAAAAGCCCAUCGAAGAACCACCUACCGUACGAAUCCUUAUAGGAGACCUAAAGUCGGGUGUGAUGUAUAACUUUAAAAUUCAAACGGUUUCGUAUGGUCUGACGAGUGAUGUCACAAAACUACAAACACGCACAAUGCCACUCAUACAGUCCGAAGUACUGGUCGUUAAUAAUGUACAGAUGCGUGAUACCGUUACACUGAGCUUCACUCCCACUCCUCAGCAAUCGUCCAAAUUUGACCUCUAUAGGUUUUCUUUGGGAGAUGUCAACAUUCCUGACAAGGAGAAACUUGCGAAUGAUACAGAUAGAAAAGUAACCUUUACUGGUCUCAUACCGGGACGGCUCUACAACAUCACGGUAUGGACGGUAAGUGGUGGAGUGGCAAGUCAACCGAUCCAAAGACAAGAUCGGAUGUACCCAGACCCAAUCACUGAGCUCAACGCCAGUAACAUCACCGACACCGAUAUUGUUUUAAAAUGGGAUAUUCCAAAGGGUGAAUACAAUGCAUUCGAAAUCCAAUACCUCAAGAACGAUUCCCACUACGUGCAGAAUCUCACUGUUAACAAUCACAUCACAAUCACCGAUCUUAAACCCCAUCGCAACUACACAUUCACAGUAGUCGUCCGGUCCGGCACCGAAUCUAACGUAUUACGAAGUAGUCUUCCAGUUUCUGCUAAUUUCCAGACCAAAGAAUCGGUACCGGGACGCGUUGAUAAAUUUGCACCCGUAGACAUUCAGCCCAGCGAAAUCACGUUCGAAUGGUCUCUUCCAUCGAAUGAGCAAAAUGGAAUUAUUAGACAAUUCACUAUCACUUACGGAUUAGAUGGAUCACAACAUACGCAAGCAAAAGAUUUUAAACCUACCGAACUACGUGGCACAAUCAAGACAUUACUACCGGGUAAAACAUACAUAUUCCGCAUUCAAGCCAAAACUACCAUCGGGUACGGUCCAGAGCAAAUGUGGAAACAGAAAAUGCCUAUCCUGGCGCCUCCAAAACCUGAAACCCAAGUCGUCCCUACGGAAGUUGGCAGUAGUGCCUCCACCAUUGAGAUUCGAUUCCGCAAACACUACUUCAGCGACCAAAACGGUGUGGUUACUACCUACACAAUAAUUAUUGCAGAAGAUGACAGCAAAAAUGCUUCCGGCCUGGAAAUGCCUAGUUGGUACGAUGUGCAAUCCUACAGCGUUUGGCCCCCGUAUCAGGUUAUCGAGCCAUAUUACCCUUUCAAGAAUAGCUCGGUAGAAGAUUUUACAAUUGGAACAGAAAAUUGUGAUACACGCAAGUCAGGGUACUGUAAUGGACCGCUCAAAUCUGGCACAACGUACAAGGUUAAAGUCCGAGCAUUUACUGCACCAGACAAGUUUACCGAUACAGCAUACAGUUAUUCAAUUCGAACAGGAUUGUUAUCAGUGGACGCACAAGACAACACAUCGCUAAUCGUAUCAAUAACAGUCCCAUUAUUCAUCAUCCUUCUACUGGUUAGUACAUUGCUGUUUUUGCGCCGUCGACGACACACGGGGCGCAAAAAAGCUACGGAGCAACGAGCCAAUGACAAUAUGUCGCUACCAGAUAGCACAAUGGAAACAAGCCGUCCUGUGUUGGUGAAAAAUUUCGCCGAACAUUACCGGCUCAUGGCAGCCGAUUCUGAUUUUAGAUUUAGCGAAGAAUUCGAGGAACUCAAACAUGUGGGUCGAGACCAACCAUGCACAUUUGCGGAUUUACCGUGCAAUAGACCUAAGAACCGUUUCACCAACAUUUUACCAUACGAUCAUUCUAGAUUUAAAUUACAGCCGGUGGACGACGAGGAAGGUUCUGACUAUAUUAAUGCUAACUACGUUCCGGGUCAUAACUCACCUCGAGAGUUUAUCGUUACACAAGGGCCACUGCACUCGACACGAGAUGAUUUCUGGCGCAUGUGUUGGGAGAGCAACUCACGAGCGAUCGUUAUGUUAACGCGAACCUUCGAAAAGGGGCGCGAAAAAUGUGACCACUACUGGCCUCAUGAUACCGUUCCAGUGUACUACGGUGACAUCAAAGUUACGCUGUUGAAUGACAGUCAUUAUCCCGAUUGGGUCAUCACUGAAUUCAUGAUGACAAGAGGUGACACACAGCGCAUUAUUCGUCACUUCCAUUUCACCACAUGGCCUGAUUUCGGUGUGCCAAAUCCUCCUCAAACACUCGCACGAUUUGUGCGAGCUUUCCGCGAACGCGUCGGACCUGACCAGCGACCAAUCGUUGUACAUUGUAGUGCUGGAGUUGGGCGCUCAGGGACAUUCAUUACACUCGAUAGAAUACUGCAACAAAUACAGGUAUCGGAUUUUGUCGAUAUCUUCGGUAUUGUAUGGGCAAUGCGAAAAGAACGUGUCUGGAUGGUGCAAACAGAGCAGCAAUACAUUUGCAUUCAUCAGUGUUUGCUGGUGGUAUUAGAGGGUAAGGAAGGAACUGAGCGCGAAAUCCAUGACAAUCAGGGAUACGAAGCGCCUGGUGAUCAAGAAGUCGCCGAAGAUCGGCAGCUCAUAGAAACUGAUCGAAAUGAAGAUGGUGUCGUUUAUAGUGACCCAAGCAUGCUCGACAACGGUGCAGAUAACAACGAACAUAACGAUUGUACACAAGCCGAAGCACAACCAAAUAACAGCAGGACUGAUGUUGCCAAAAUUGAUGAAAUUCAUUGCCAAGAAGCAGAAGUGAUAGCCGUUGAAGUACAAGCGCACGAUAAAAGUAAUAGUGAAGAGCAGCUACCGACAGUCGAUGAUAAAACUGAUCAGGGGCAGGAUGCUAGCCAAGGUGGUAGUUGCCAUUUAAUAGAAACUGUCGAUUGCAAACCAGAAGGUAUUACAAAUAAUAGCAAUGAUCAGUCAAUUGGAAAUAAGCUUUGGAAAGAAGAAAGAUGACAGUUAGAAAACGAUAGCGAUAACAGAAGCAGCGGUCGAAGCAGUAUUGUUAUCGCUAUCAAUGAAGAUAGUCACGCGAACAGUGCGCACAUCAUUCGUAUCGACGGCGAUGAUGCGGAGGAUCGCAAAGACGAUGAAACGGAGAUCGAUGUUGGCAUCGAUUCCGAUGAAGAAGAAGAAGACGAUUCCAAUGAACAAAGGGAACUGCUACUGCACAAAAAGAAUGAAAGAAACAAUCUUAGCACAGAAACGGGCGGCGAACGCUUUCGAUACAAGCACAAUUUCGUAGAAGACGAAGAAGAUGAGCAGGACGAUGAUAUCAUUGUUAUCGUAGACGAAGAUAGCAAUCUCUGUGGUGGUGGUGUAAGCGAUGAGCUUUACUUAAAGCUAAGAGAAAUGGAUGACGAGGGCAUCGCUGAAUCAGGAAUGUAACGGCCAAGAAAAGCAGUUUUACGCCAUCGAAGAUGUGACACAGUAUCACGUCCUUUAGUCAAAGAAGAAUCUUAACAACAUUCGUCAGUAAAAAUUCGGUCAUAGACAGAACAAAGAAGUACACAAAAUUUAAACUAGCAUAAUCUCAUCGAAAGUUCGGAAAAUCAUACCUAAAGUUUUUGAAUUGUAAAUAUCAGGAAAAAACCCUCUUGCUUUUUCGUAGAAAAAAAACGAAAUGUUGUCAAUGUACUAGUACGCAAUCUACCUUUUAAAUGUCGAUAUAUGAAAAGUACAUGCGCUACAUAUAUGUAUGUAAUUUAGAAUUUACGUUUUUGACGUAACCGGAAAUCAAAACAGUAAAACGAAGCGCAGAAAAUGUGAAUUUUAUUGUAUUUAUGCAUGUGCAAUGGACACUCAAACCAAGCUCUUUUAACUCUUUUUCGUUGUACAUAAUGUAAGAAGUAUCAUGGCAAUUUUAGUUACACGAUAUUUUAAAUCUUACAAUAAAAAUAUCAUAUCAGCUGAAA